AACAUACGUGGAAAAUGUUAUGUUUCAUUCAUUUCUAAUAUUCAAGAUCCACUUUUAUGGUCUGCAGGUGGACCAGAUCGAUUUUAUUUCACAAAAAAAUAUGAUUUUAUAUUUGGCUCAAUUGUCUCCGAACACGAACUCCCAAGUGAAGCUAAAUUGACAGGCAAAGAAGUAUAUGUUAACUAUAAAUAUCAAUAUGUGGAUGAAGAUAAAUUACAGUAUAUACCAUCAUACAAGAAAAUCAAACCACUCAGAGGACUUGAUAUUUUUGCAGGUUGCGGCGGUCUAUCUAGGGGUUUAGAAGACAGUGGUCUUGUUGUAAGUAAUUGGGCUAUUGAAUGUGAUGAAAAAGCUGCUGAAGCAUUUGAAUUAAACAAUCCYGAGUCAACUGUGUUUAUUGAAGAUUGUAAUCAUUUAUUAAAAUUAGCAAUGUCUGGAGAAAAAACAAACAGUAAGAAUCAAAACAUACCACAAAAAGGUGAAGUUGACUUCAUUUGUGGUGGACCUCCUUGUCAAGGGUUUAGUGGAAUGAAUAGAUUUAAUUCUGGCCAAUAUUCAUUGUUUAAGAACUCUUUGAUUGUUUCAUUUUUAUCAUAUAUUGAUUUCUAUCGUCCAAAAUAUUUUGUCAUGGAAAACGUUAGAAAUUUUGUAUMAUUUAAAAGAAGUAUGGUUCUUAAAUUGACUCUUAGAUGUAUUACACGUAUGGGCUAUCAGUGUACAUUUGGUAUUCUACAAGCUGGUAACUUUGGUGUUCCACAAACUAGAAGGAGGUUAAUCAUUAUGGCAGCAGCUCCAGGGGAAAAAUUGCCAUUGUAUCCCGAACCUAUACAUGUAUUCAAUAGAAGAAGUUCAAGUUUAACUGUUCAAGUUGGUGAUAAAAAAUUCAAAACUAAUUGUAAGUAUGAUGAGUCAGCUCCUAUGAGAACAGUAACUGUAUAUGAUGCUUGGUCUGAUUUACCUAAAAUACCUAAUGGAGCAAACGACGAAGACAUCAUAUAUAAAUCAAAACCGAUUACACAUUUACAGAAAUUACUAAGAUAUCCAGACAAUCGAUAUGCAGAAUCUAUAUUGAGUGAUCAUAUAUGCAAAGACAUGUCAUCUUUGGUUCAAGCUAGRAUGGCACUAAUACCAGUGGGUGAAGGAAGUGACUGGAGAGACCUACCAAAUAUUAAAGUACAAUUAGCUGAUGGAAUUGAAACCAAUAAACUUUUGUAUACCCACCAUGAUAUAAAAAAUGGUUAUGGUCCAAAUGGUGAAUUACGCGGUGUUUGCAUGUGUGCCAGUGGUGAUAAAUGUGAUCCGCAAGAUCGUCAAAACAAUACAAUUAUACCUUGGUGUUUACCACAUACUGGUAAUAGACAUAAUAACUGGGCAGGCUUAUAUGGCCGUCUAGCAUGGUCAGGGUAUUGUUCAACCACAAUUACAAAUCCUGAGCCAAUGGGAAAACAAGGCAGAGUACUUCAUCCUGAGCAACACCGUGUAGUCAGUGUACGAGAGUGCGCCCGCUCUCAAGGCUUUAAAGAUUCUUWCAUUUUCCAUGGACCAAUUAUCAACAAGCAUAGGCAGAUUGGUAAUGCAGUUCCUCCACCAAUGGGUAAAGCUAUYGGUCAUGAAAUAAUCAAAGCUAUUGACAAAAAACCAAGAUAUAUUUACAGUCCAUUUAUACUAGGGAACCAUUGAUAAGACAUUAGUCUGUUUAAAAUAUAUUUGAACACAUCAGCUAUGGUAAUACAAGUUUUAACUCUUAUUUUAUUUAAGUUUGUGUUCAUCUAGAAUGAAUACAGUGUGUUCAGAUAUUAUAAUCAUUUGAUAUGAAAUUUAAUUUUAGUAUAUUUUUUAUGUUAGU